UCUCACUAAGAAACGCUUGGCUAUUUAUUGCUAUUGUCACACUCGAAUGGAAGUAUAAUGGAUUCUGUAAGACCACUUCUUUUGAAUGUACUGGCCAUGACACUGUGCUAUUUAUUACUGGUUGACGGUACAGGCAUGGGUUUGCGCCAUCGGCGAAUUGUUACAGGAUGGCAUUACAUUCAAACAAAUGAGACACAGAACCUCACCAUUGCAUGUGAUCUAUUUAAUGGCCAAAAUAGGUCUGUUUGCUUGUACAAUGGCUCUCUUCAAGGAAGCUGUGGAGGUAGCAGUCUCAUGGUUCCUAAACAUGGGGGAAUAAUUGAAUGCAGAAAAGAAGACCAGAAGAACACUCCCUGUAGUCUACAAUGUACAAAUAAUAACAUCUGCAAUUCCUGCAGCACUUUUAUCAUUUCACCAAUUCCAGACCAAAAAACACCCAUCAAUCAGACAUCACAAAUUAUCAGAACAAAAGACAGUGUAAAAUUUUCCUGUGAGUUUAAUAGAAGCAAUUUCUUUUUCAUUUCAUUUUGGGUGGUUGUCUAUCCAAAUCGUGGCAAUCACUGUUUAUUCUCACUGGAUAAUGACGGUUAUGACUUUAACAAGAACACUUAUUGCCAUUCUGUUAGUGGGGUGCAAAAUAGGAUUCAUUUUUUUAAUUUAACCUCCCCCAGUGAUAAAAUUCAGAAACAACAUUUAGAAAUCAGAACAGCCGACCCAUCUGAUAGUGGCACCUACUUAUGCUUUUAUUUUGUUUGGAAAUCUGGUGAACUGAUAUGGGAGUUAGGAAACAACAUAUCCCUUCAAGUACAGGACUCCACUCAAGAUCAGAAUAUCUUCAUUGGUGCUGGACUGGCAGGAGGAAUUAUUAUUAUGAGUGCGCUAAUACUGAUGGUUGUAUGCAUUAAUAAGUCUAAAAAAAAGAAGAUAAAACUCCAGAGAAAUCCAGAUACUGUGGACUUACCAAAUGACUAUGAAUGUACACCUUAUGCAAUAAGUGACAGAAAAGCCAUAGAGGUGAAUCCAGACUGCACUUACUCAGUGGUAACUAAGCCAGAACAGGCACCAGAAGGAGAAUAUUCCGAGGUGAACCUUACACCCACAGGAGCUGAUUUAUGUGUUCCAUAUUCAGUGGUUAAUGUAAAACAACAGGGAAAUCAAUAAGUUCCAAAAACUGAAGCUGAGUUGAACUUAGUCUGAUCCCAACUGUGAUGUAUGAUGACCAAGGGUACCCAAAACAUUUUCAGUUUUGAAUGGAUGCUACAGCUAAACAAGAUCAAGAAAUCAUUAUACUGUGGACCUUGAAAACAGAACACAACCCACCUAUCCUCUAGGAACCGCUUUAAUAAUAAAAGAUUCUGAGAAAAUU